UAUUGACAUGAACACCUACUUAUGCCCCCAAAAGGCAAGUACACAAAAGCUGCUGUUUCCCUUUUUUAAAAUGAUUGAACCCCAAAGCAGUGAGCACCUGUGACUUUUUCACUCUGUUCUCUCCUAGUUCUGACUCUUUAUCUUUUUCCUCUAACCAAAACUGUUGUUAAGGCCAUUUCCUUGCUUCUCUGUCCCGCCUACAGCUCUUCUCUCCAUUGCUGAACAGGAUUGUACCCCCAAGGGCUGUACUGGUGGGAGGGUUUCUGACAAUGUUAGGAACAGCAUUUGAGAUGACUGCAGUAGAGAAGAUUGAGGAGCAGCUUGCUAGUCUGCGCAUAGCAAAACGUUCUACUCUAAGUGAGGAACCUGCUUACUUACUGGAUAUAGACGUUUCCAAACCUGCUCAAUCUGAAAGCAGUCGCUUUGUGGCAGUUUCGUGUUCCAAUAAGUCAAUUAGGGUGUAUAACAGGGAAACAUUAAACUUCCUGCGGGAGUACAGUAGCCGUCCUGGGAUACUUAAUGGAGUCAGAUUUGCACGCGCAUGUGACAGCAUAGUGUUUUCCGCAUGCAGUGACGGUACAGUAAAAUGUUGGGAUAUUCGUGUAGCAACUCAGAAAGCCGUGCAGGUAUUUAGUGGCUAUCCUUCCAAUGUUUUCAUCAGUUUUGAUAUCAAUUGCAGUGAUCUCAUAAUUUGUGCUGGAACAGAAAAAGUUGAAAAGGACACGUUUCUGGUGUUCUGGGAUGCAAGAGGCAUUACAGACUGUGCCAGCGCAACUAAAGAACCCUUGGGAGUCUAUUCUGAAAGUCACAAUGAUGAUAUCACUAAAAUUUGUUUUCAUCCUAUCGAACCCAACUUGGUAGUUUCCGGGUCAACUGAUGGGUUGGUUAAUGUGUUUGACAUUAACAAGGAUAAUGAAGAUGAUGCUUUGAUAUCAACUUGCAAUUCAGAUUCAUCAGUAAGUUUUAUUGGCUGGUCUGGGAAAGAUUAUAAACAGGUCUACUGCAUGACACACGAUGAGGGAUUUUGUUGGUGGGACAUAGCUCAGUUAGAUACCGAAGAACCAAUAACACUAUUGCAUGUUCUGGAUGUCAGAGACACGGUCUGCAUUGAAAACGACAGCUUACAUUACCUGGUAGGUGGCUUGUACCACGAAAAGGCAGACAAACUCUUUCUUAUUGGGGGAACGUCCACAGGAAACAUUCACCUAAUCAGCUGCAGCACUGAGGGACUGAGCCUGGUGGGUACCCUUUGCGGAGGACACUCUGCCGCUGUUCGCUCUUUCUGCUGGAACCUGACAGAUGAGUCUCUGUUGACGGGUGGAGAGGAUGCUCAGCUGUUGCUAUGGAAACCCGGAGCUGUGGAAAGAUCCCUCGCAAAGAAAGCAUCUAUGAAGAUUGCUUCUUCUGUGCAGAAGAGAGUAAGGGUUCACAACAGCUCCCUCAAAAGCAGGAAAAAGUAAAUUUCUGAAAGUGGGAAUCUCUGCUGCGUAGAGUUUUCCUAGUGUUUAAUCUUUCAGGCAAUACUUGCCUGUGCUUUAUUUGGAGGUAUUCUGUGGAAAGAACUAUGAUGCUUGAUUUCUACCUGGGAAUGUAUUUCAGUCAUCAGAAGAAUACCUUUUUUUGUUUUUUUUAAAGUUGCUAAUAUUAAUCAGAAAAGAGUAAAUGUUUGCUCUUGAGUUCUUGAACAAUAGAUCUUAAAUCAUAUUGUAUAAAAAUGUUUCUGUAGUUGUUUAAUGUCUCAGCCAACGUUUUUAAUGGGUAUUAUAGGCCUGUGGCUUGCAUAAUUUGUUACCUUCCCACUGAAAUUCCCUGGCAUGUUUUAAAAGCUUUUGUAUUUCAUGCUGUAUUUUGCUUUCUUUACAGAGAACUUAAUGAAAUUGCUCAAUAUAUUAAAAGAUUUUAUGUCACA